GCAAUGGUUACUCCAGCUCAGCUCACAUGCUUUUCUGUAUUGUAGCAAAUGAUUGCCCUGUGUUACAUUUUAUCCUGUGUCAUUCUGACCAGCUGAUGUUUCCCAGUGGUUGACAAGAUGAGGAGAUUUUUGCCUAGAAAAAGAUUCCCUUGGCCAUGGCUGAGACGAGAUGCUACUCCGAAUGAGACCAGUCCACUCUUACCAAAGGCAGGAUCUACAAACAAUGCUGAGGAGCUUGCCUUGGUCACUACUGAUUUUCAAGCAGGGACAAACAGCGGACAGCAACACAACAGUCCCACAGAUGCCAGGAUAGAUCCCUAUUCCGGUUAUUCUUUCAUGGACUAUUUCCUAAAAUACUUUCUUAUCAUAUGCAAUCUGUUGUUCACAGUUUUGGGCCUGUUGCUUCUUACUCUGGGGGUUUGGGGUCUCAUUAGCAAGGAAUCCUUUGCUCAGGAGAAGAUCAGCAGUAUUGGCACUGACCCAAUGCUGGUAGUUCUGAGCGUGGGCUUUCUGCUCACUGUGCUGUGCCUGUCAGGCUGCGUGGGUGCCCUAAGAGAGAAUCGCUGCUUGCUGAAGCUGUUCUCAGCCACGGUGCUGGUGCUCAUCACAGCUCAAGUCAUCAUCGCCAUUGUGGCCCAUACUCUACAAGAUCAGAUUGAAGGUAACUUGCGAUCCGGGAUGUUAGUUGCCAUCGCACGGUACCAAGAUGAUCUGGAUCUGAGGUUCAUCACAGACGAGAUUCAGUCAAAUCUGCAGUGCUGUGGGGCGGACAACUACAGAGACUGGGAGAUUAACAUAUAUUACAACUGCUCAGCUCCAGGAGUGCUGGCCUGCGGUGUCCCUGCAACAUGCUGCGUGGAUCCUCUGGAGAACGGCACCGUGUGGAACUCUCAGUGUGGUGUCGGAGCCCAAUUACUGGAUGAGUUUACUGCUCAGAGUGUGAUCUUCCUGGGAGGUUGUCUGGGGGAAAUCUCUCGAUGGAUCAAGCAGCACGAGGGCCUGAUAGGAAUAAUUGUGACUGUCGUGUUUGGGGUCCAGAUUCUGAUAUUAUUUAUUACCAUACGACUGCUGGAACGCAUUAAUCGUCAUAAAGUAUAGCUAUAACACGGAGUGACGAAUACAGCAAUAUGCUGGUUGGGGUUUAAUGAGUUCUGGCUGUGCUUAAAUUCUGGCUUCAUUUAUCAAUCAUUUAAAACAACCUGACCUUAAACACACAGACUGAACUUUUGCAAAUGGAAAUGAGACAUAAUUUAAACGAGGAAAGCAAAUUCCAACACAAAUUAUCCACUGAAAAUGUUUUACAUUUUAAAAAUGCCUGAGAGUUUAAGAAAAAAAAGAAUUUCAGCUAAAAGUUAACUGCAGCUUGGCGAUAGCUAUCACCUCUUUUGUGUUUAAAAAUAAAAACUCCACUUUUCAAGAACAUGUACUCACUGGCCACUUCAUUAAGUACACUUGUUGAACUGCUCAUUAACUGAAAUAUCGAAUCAGUCUGAACAUGGAAAUGGAUUUGAAAGAUUUUAGCUUCACCAAUGUGGGUCAGACCAAGGAAAGUCUUGAAACUGUAUCUGUGUGUGUGUUUAUGGGACAGUAGUAACACUAUCACCAAAACGUUUUCACCACAUGUGCCCAAAUCCUUCAAAGACACACACCUCCUGAUAUUUGAAGGAUUCUUGGAGGAUCUCAAAAUGGUGAAACAGUUCAACAGCAUAGGAGUGGUUGUAAAUGGGUCACCUGGGGAGUAGAGGUCCUGCAGAUCAGAUCUGCAUCUUCAUCACAAGCACCUACAAUGUAACAAAAUAAUCAAUGAACAAAAAUGGAAUUCAUUUAUUCUGAGCUGAGAAUAAAUGGAACAGCUCAGAAGAAUGAUUAGAGUAAGAUUGUAAAAGCACCUUUCAGUGACUGACGGUGGACAACCUGCUGCAAAUAUGUGAAACACAUGUGCACGUCCCACACAUGCAAGGUUUCCUGCGCUGUUUUGAAUGAACUGAACUGAGUUUGCUAAAAGCAAGUUUUGUGUUCUGAGUGUUAACAAAUAUUGAAUAAAUAAUGAUGAUUACAGAUGGUAUUUAUGAUGGGAAUGAUGUAAUCUCUCAUGCGCAGUGUGGGUCAGUAAAUAACCGUCAAAUAAAAGGACAAAAUCAAAUGACUGAAAUUGU